CCGGGUCAGGCGGGGAGGGGACAGCGCUGCCCCCGGGCGCUCUGAAAGGUGGAGACCCGAUGCUGGGGCGUCAAGGGCUGCUAGAGAAAGAGCCUUGCGGCCGCCCGCUUCCUUUCCCGGCGCGCCCGGGCGGCUCGCUCUGGCGGCGGCUCUUUGAAGCUUGUGGCGACUGAGCUCCUGACUCCCGGCUUAAGUACCCUCGGCGCCCCCGGGGGAGAUGACGCACCAUGGCACCGCAGCCGGGCCCCUCUCUCCCAUGUAUGUAUUGGCCCUGCUUUUUGGGGAAGGACCCUAACUCUUGCUGCGGAGCAUCACUCACCCGCGUGGCAGGGCAAGAGCGGGUGCUUCUGAUGUGGGUGUUUCCAUUUGUUAAGAGGGGCGGGGGGCUUCCAAGAAAGAAAGAUUUGGCCCCUCUCCCCCACCCUUCCUGAGAGAGGCGAUGGAGAGAGAGAGAGUUUAUUCUUUCUUCCGAAGAGACCCCUGUGCGGCGGGGCCGGGGAGGGGGACAGGCGGAGCUGGUAACAAACUGGGAAAGCUCGAGCAGAUGGAAUUGAUCUGACUCCAGACUCCUUUUAGAAGCUGAAGAAUAGUCUUCUCCCACACCGAGGCCUGGAGCCAUCAUGGCGGCGGGCGUAGCAGCAUGGUUGCCCUUUGCCAGGGCAGCUGCCAUAGGAUGGAUGCCAGUGGCCAACUGCCCUAUGCCAUUGGCCCCAACUGAGAAAAACAAGAGGCAGGAUGAGCUGAUCAUUCUGAACGUGAGUGGGAGGCGCUUCCAGACCUGGAGGACUACACUGGAGAGGUAUCCGGACACGCUCCUGGGCAGCACUGAGAAAGAGUUCUUCUUCAAUGAAGACACCAAGGAAUACUUUUUCGACCGGGAUCCUGAAGUCUUUAGGUGCAUCUUAAACUUUUACAGAACUGGCAAGCUGCAUUACCCAAGGUACGAGUGCAUUUCUGCCUAUGAUGAGGAGCUUGCCUUCUAUGGGAUCCUACCUGAAAUCAUUGGGGACUGCUGCUAUGAAGAGUACAAAGACAGGAAGCGGGAAAAUGUUGAGCGGCUGAUGGAUGACAAUGACUCAGAGAACAACCAAGAAGGUUCCAUGCCAUCUUUGAACCUCCGGCAGACCAUGUGGCGAGCCUUUGAGAACCCCCACACCAGCACCUUAGCCUUAGUGUUCUACUACGUCACUGGCUUCUUUAUUGCCGUCUCAGUGAUCACUAAUGUGGUGGAAACCGUUCCAUGUGGCACAGUGCCUGGGAACAAGGAGCUUCCAUGUGGGGAGAGGUACGCCGUGGCUUUCUUCUGCUUGGACACAGCUUGCGUUAUGAUUUUCACUGUUGAGUACCUUAUGAGGCUCUUUGCAGCCCCGAGUCGCUACAGGUUCAUGAGGAGUGUCAUGAGCAUCAUCGAUGUGGUGGCCAUCAUGCCCUAUUACAUUGGCUUGGUGAUGACUAACAACGAGGACGUCAGCGGAGCCUUUGUGACAUUAAGGGUUUUCAGGGUUUUCAGGAUUUUCAAGUUCUCCCGCCAUUCCCAAGGCUUAAGAAUCCUGGGCUACACUCUGAAGAGCUGUGCCUCGGAGCUUGGCUUUCUUCUCUUUUCCCUCACUAUGGCAAUCAUCAUCUUUGCUACUGUGAUGUUUUAUGCAGAGAAAGGGUCUUCAGCCAGCAAAUUCACCAGCAUACCAGCUUCUUUUUGGUACACUAUUGUAACCAUGACAACCCUUGGUUAUGGUGACAUGGUGCCCAAGACGAUUGCUGGAAAGAUAUUUGGCUCCAUUUGCUCGCUGAGCGGAGUGCUGGUCAUUGCUCUGCCUGUCCCAGUUAUUGUUUCCAAUUUCAGCCGAAUUUAUCAUCAGAAUCAGAGAGCUGACAAGCGAAGAGCACAAAAGAAAGCCCGGCUUGCACGGAUACGAGUGGCCAAAACAGGCAGUUCCAGCGCUUAUCUUCACAGCAAACGCAAUGGCCUGCUGAACGCAGCCUUGGAGCUCACGGGUUCUAGUGAUGAUGAGCAGCACAUCAGCAAAUCCACCUCGCUGAUCGAAAGCCAACAUCACCACCUGCUGCACUGCCUGGAAAAAACAACUGGAUUGUCCUAUCUUGUGGAUGAUCCCCUGUUAUCUGUACGAACUUCCACCAUCAAGAACCAUGAGUUCAUAGAUGAGCAGCUGUUUGAGCAGAACUGCAUGGAUAACUCAAUGCAGAAUUACCCCUCCACUCGCAGCCCCUCAUUGUCAAGUAACAAUGGCGGGUCCACCUCCUGUUGUUCUCGACGCAACAAGAAGACGACUCAUCUUCCGAACUCCAACGUGCCAGCCACUCGCCUGCGGAGCAUGCAAGAGCUAAGCACGAUACACAUCCAGUGCAGUGAACAGCCAUCACUUACAACAAGUCGUUCCAGUCUCAAUAUGAAAUCAGAUGACGGGCUGAGACCGAACUGCAAAACCUCCCACCUCACGACAGCCAUCAUCAGUAUUCCUACCCCACCGGCACUGACGCCAGAAGGAGAGAGCAGGCCCUCACCGAGCAGCCCUCAACCCACUACGAACAUUUCCACCACAAGCAGCAACAUAGUCAAGGUCUCUGCCUUGUAAGGUGUCGUUUGAAGGAAGCAGCUGGAAUGCCGGCGUCCCGCCCCCUCCACACCUUCAUGUUCCUUUCUUGCUGCAAAUUGUGCCUGGAUGGACCAACCUGACAUUUCGUCAUAGAAUUAGCAAUGGAGACCUAACGAGGCAGCUUUCUUCAAACUCGCAUUCAUGCCAUGGACUGAGAGAACAGAUGAGGAGAGGGAGGAAGAGGUGGGUUGAAGAAAGGGUCUGUGUGUGCACGCGCCUGCAGAGAGCCUUGAUUCAGGAUAUGACGCAGAAAAUUGUUUCCAGAGGCUAGAGAAAAAGAACCGGCAUGGCAACGAGAAAGUCAAUAAAGAAACAAAUAUAACACUGUGUAUCUCGGCACCUUUUUAAAGGUUUUUAAUGGAUAAUAUUUAUUCAUGCGGAAAUGACUGAAAAAGGUGAAAAAAAUGGAUUUUGUGAUUUUUUUUUCCUUCAUGGAGCAGAAUCUUUAAUCAACCAAAAUUACACAUCUUUUUUUUUCUUUUAUAGAGAAAGAUUUAGACAAAGAAGACAGCUGUCCCAGAAAUCUAUUUCCGUUCCUCUGUGUGGUGUGGUGUGUGUGUGUGUGUGUGAGAAAAAGAACCACAUCGAAAUGACACACAAAGGUCUGAGCACAUUUUCCUGAUUUGGUGCACAGUAUCAAACUGAUUGCACAAGCACAGUGGCACACGUGCAUGCACACACCCCCCUACACAAAUAAAUCUUUCACCCUGGAAGGCAUUCUUUAUUGAGAUGAUUUUGUAACCGCCUUUUAAGUCAAUACAGUGCAACUGCAAACAG